AGAGCAUCUGUACCUCCAGCACCCACCAAAAGAAACUCGGAGGAUCAACCUUAAUAAGGACUUACCAUCUGAACGGGUUCUGCAACGUUUUGCAAACGUAACUACAGCUGAAAUGGACACUAUGCAUGAGCUCAUCCCUUUUGCUAAGGAAAUGCUGAGUGCCGGUCCCUCCAAGGGCUCUCUGAAGGUCUAUCUAGUGGGCGGCACGUUCGCCGUCCUGGGAAUGGUGAGCGGCGUGGUCCAGGUGGCCUCUUCCCUUUUCCCUGACCACGAGGAGCCUGACUUUGAGAUGCUGAAGGUGCGGGAGCUCAUACCGGUGAAGGAGCAGGUCCAGGAGCCACAAACCAGCAUCCCUGAAGAUGACGAGAUGGAUGAGGUGAUGGAGGCCAAGGCUAAGGAACUGCCGGUGAACAGACAGAGGCGGAUGAGUUUCAGAGCUCACGCUUCAUAAGGCUCAUGCCCUGCUGCUGUUAAUGCUACGUGAAGAAAGUUGAGCCAAAAUGACCCGCGAGGAACACAGUUAUUGUACUGAGAGCUGCAGAGCAGCAGGGAGAGGGAAAUAACGACUUGAUAGUUUACAACUGUUACGUAUGUCUGUUUAGAUGGUGUAAUGAUUUUUUAUCAGAUGAUAAUUAUUUAUAAAGGAUGUAUAGAAGUCAUGUGUAGAGUGUGCUCUCUUUUACUGCCAUAAAAUAAAUACAUAUUUGCUCA